ACAAUCUGAUAGAUUGAAAAAUCCAAAGAAUUUGGCCAAGUACUCUGAUCUUCUAGUAUCACGUAGUUUUAGCAUGAGUUGUUUAAGUGUUUACUGAUUUUUCGUUAUGUUUGUAUCGUUCUAUUUUUCAUUGACUGCAAGGUCGUCUGAACCUUAAGUACAAAGAAGAUAAAUUAAUCCUGAAAUCAAAAAGCGUUUUUUAAAUAAUAUGCCACAUCACGAAAAAAGGUAUUACUGGUGUCUCCCUCUGUUGUUCAACUUCUGGACGGUUUUCCUUCAACACUGCAUGGCUGACGGGAAAGCAGAAGUUGCAGUACCGAGAGUUCGUUCUCAUCCAGAAAAUGAAAAAAUCGAUAUUUGGUCAUCUCCGAUUUCAUCACAUUCGACCGUUUUGUACCAUGUUUACCCAAAGUCUUCUUUCUUAGAUACGUUGUUACCUUUCAGCACUCAUCAAGUGACAUUGUCCCAGUCGUAUAACCCUGAUGACCCAUCUUUUGAAGUAGAGAAUGUAAUGGAAAUGCCUACUUCGAGUAGGUUCACCACAAAUGUGAUUGGUGUACAUGAGUUCAGUAUUGGUACCAGCUCCGAUAUAAAAAAUAGUUGGUUGAUUAACGAUCGUGAUGAAGAACAAACCAGUUUUUCACGGGUAGAAAGACAAGCUAGCUUCAACCAUUUGGAUAAUUUUCGGUUUAGUUCUACGCUUUCCACCACAUGGGCUCUCAGAACAAUUAUCUGUUUAUCUUGUAAAAAAACGAGUACUUUAAAUCCAAGAACCAUUGUAGGAAGUAAACAAGAAGUAAGUUCUCCGGUUCUGAGAAAUAAUUUGUAUGGAUCAAUAGAAUUUAGCGGUUCUGACAGUCUGGGAUUUAACUCCGAAACUAAGUAUGAGAUCCAGCCCUCUUCGAAGUUGGCUCACUUACCUGAUGUUUCUCCAGUUUUUUCCAAUGUUUUAAGCUUUAAAAUUUCCGAACUUCCGAUAGUAACUUUCAACAUUUCUCCUUCUCCUGUUGAUGUUGGUCUAUUAAAAACUGUUGAGAUCUCUUCAAGUGAUAUUGUGAAUUUGUAUACUUUUAGUCUUCGAAACGAAACAUUCCAAUUUUCUUCCAUUGGUUCUUCGACCUUUGUAGAUUUGAGCCCAAGAUUACCUCAUCUGACUAGCUGUAUGUCAGACGAGGACAUCGAGGAAAAAAGACCGACUUUUCGAAUAGAUGAGGAAAGUACUCUUUUUACUUCUUCAAAGAAAAUAAAUGAAUUCACUAAAGACAUUUUCUUAAUGUCACAUCAUAGUGAUUCUGUUUUCAGUUAUUCCAGUACUAUAUAUUCUAGUGAAAUGAGUCCUAAUAGCGAUAUUAUUUCUGAGGAAUCUCAUAUAUUUCAUACAGAACAGAUCCCAGACAAUUUGGUAGAAAUCUCAAGCGAUAUCAUUUGGAGAGCUACUUAUUCAAGAAGCCUAAUUUCUGACGAAGAUGAAGAUUAUGUUUUAUCACCGGAGCAAAGUUCUAAGCGAUUAGCUUUUUCAAAUCACCUGCCAAUUCAUUUUGCCGAAAUAUUUGCUACAAGAAACAUAGAAGUAAACUCAGAAAAGACUAAGUUUCCUAAGCAGAUGACUUCAUUUAUUCCGUCAAACGAUUUCUUUAAUAAUUUACACGUUUGGUCCAACGCUGCUUUUACACAACAAACCAUUAGUGUAUCUCUAUCAGAAUUGGAGAACCAUAAGCUUAAUGUAUCUCUAUCAGGAUUGGAGAACCAUAAGCUUAAUGUAUCUCUAUCAGGAUUGGAGAACCAUAAACUUAAUGUAUCUCUAUCAGAAUUGGAAAACCAUAAGCUUAAUAUAUCUCUAUCAGGAUUGGAGAACCAUAAGCUUAAUGUUUCUCUAUCAGAAUUGGAGAACCAUAAGCUUAAUGUAUCUCUAUCAGAAUUGGAAAACCAUAAGCUUAAUAUAUCUCUAUCAGGAUUGGAGAACCAUAAGCUUAAUGUAUCUCUAUCAGGAUUGGAAAACCAUAAGCUUAAUGUAUCUCUAUCAGGAUUGGAGAACCAUACGUAUGUUUCUUCCCAAACUUUUACAUCUUUUGGUACAGAUGAACUUACUGUUUCCAGUCUCUUUCUGUUACAACAUAACUCUACAAUACAUCCAGAUAUUCCACUAGAAAAUAACACCAUAAAUCAUUUUAAUGUUUUAGUUGGUUAUAACACAACAUCGCGGUCCAAAAUUUCAAUGCAGCACAAUACUAUAAUACAAUCCAACAUUCCAAGACAGCACAACACUACAAUUCUCUCUAACGUUUUGAUACAGCACGAUUCUUCAAUAAUACCCAAUUAUUCAGUACAAUACAACAACAAAACAUAUCUUAAUAUCACAAAGCAACCAAACACCACAACAGAACUUAAUGUUCCAGCACAUAUUUCAUCACAAAUAGAUGCUGCAAUAGAACCAGAUAUUCCAAUGCACGUGAAUACAACAGCAAAAAUUUAUUUUCCAACAGAGUCUGAUAAUUUAACAGAACUUGAUAUUCCAACUGAACAUAAUACUAUAAGAGGAAGUGAUGUUUCAACAGAGCAUGAUGUGUCAAUGGGGCUUGAUAAUUUAAACUUAAUAGCUUCUGAUGUUUCACCUGAAACUGUUAAUCCAAAAGGGCUCCUUGUUCCAAUACAACCUGACAAUCCAACAGGGUUUAAUAAUGUAACAGUUUCUGGCAUUGUAAUGCAACUUGAUGAUUCAAAAGAUCUUGAUAAGUUAAUAGAUCACGAUACUGUAGCACAUUUUGACAAUCCAACAAAGCCUGAUGUUGCAACACAGCCUGACAAUCCAACAGAUUUCGAUGUUCCAACACGACCCGAUAGCCCAACAGAGCUUGAUAAUGUAACAGUUUCCAAUAUUUCAACCCAAUUCGAUAUUCAAAUAAAGUAUGAUAGUGCAUUAGAGUCCAACCUUCCAGUAGAGCCUCGAACCUCAGUUGCGUUCCAUAUUCCAACUUUCGUUGAUAAUUCAAAAGAGCCUAGUAUUCCUACAUAUCCUGACAUUCAGGCAAAUCUAGUUGACCCACGACAGGUAGAUCCUGUUGAUGUGCAUAAAUUGAACGACUCUCCAGAAUCCCAUACAUUUAAAGCCUACGAUCCGAAUGACACUAUUGAAGAUAGUUAUUCAAUCCCGAAUCUUCUUCCCAAUGAACAAUUCGUUUCUAAAACAGCUAAUAAAUAUUUUUUAGAAGAUGAGAAUGAAAAUAAAAUAGAAGAUUACGGUAUAAAUCCCCAUCUUCUCAUAAGCCCAGUGGUUGCUCUGAAGCCAACCAAGGUCUAUAGGGAUUUUCGAGAAAUACCUCCACGGAGCCUAGAACUGUCUUCAUCAUCAGACCCAGAUUUAAGAAGUUAUAUCUUGGAAAGAUCAUUGACGAUCACCAGUAAGUUUAACCUCAAAUCUUUUAUUUCUACAGAUGCAACACCAAACUUCAUUUGGAACAAACAAUCCUCCAAAGUAGUGCCUUUAAGAGCGUCAUUGUAUGUACCAGACGACAUUCAAUCGCAGAGGAAUGGCGAAACGAGUUCCUCUGGAAACUUAAAACAAUACAAAACGAGUAACAGACAAACAGGCAUCCUAAUACCAACUAUUUUUCAAACUACCUAUGCAUUAAAAAGAACGGACAUUCCUUGGCACUCAACACAAACCUUUGAAGUAUACUCGACUCGAAAUGAAAAGAAAAUAGUCCACGAAACUACUUCAGUGGAAGAAACUCCCUUGUCUAGUUCGAAAUUUCACGUUUUUGAGGAAACAACAACAAUGUGGGACAUGGAUAAAACAACCAUUUAUCCGUCAUCGGAAACGGAAGUCUACUCGCACGUGCCCUUUAUUCCUUUCUACAUCUCCCUGGCCAUGUUGAUGUCAUGGGUAAGAUUUUGUAUCGUGAAAGAAACAUUACGAAGAGAGAUUGCUUGGAUGCUAACUUCAGCGUUAAAUCAACCAAUUUUACCAGGCCAAGUCUGUUUCAAGAAUGCUCAAGAACAGUGCGAAGCAGUCAUCCACCAAAACGACAAAGAAAUUCUGACGAAGUCGAAAUCUAUCGAUGUUUUUGUCUACAUGAAUGAUAAGGAUGGAAAGUAUGACCUUAUCCUCACGCGCCGAAGUGCCCAAGUUCUACGGGAAGAAGCUGGGAAGUCAAAAACUCUCGUCUACCAUAACAGCGUCCAUAGGGUGGACACUUACUUUCAGGAGAGUCAUCUCAGAAGACCUACACGUCACACAACGUCUGGAAUGAUAGCUACUGUUACCAUAUCUUGUAUUGGUGGAGCGUGUCUGCUGCUAUUGUGUAUUUUGCUGAUGGUAAUGAAACAACGACUUCGCCAGCCAAGGAACUGUUCUCCUUCACACGAUACGUACAGUCUAGAAUCAUUCUCAACCAUCAGCAGCUUCCAAAGACGACGGGGCGGAAGGAGUUCUCUGUGUUCUUUUGUUAACCAGGCUUUCCAAGACCCGGAUGUACUUUCCCACCCACUUAACACGUCAUCACUGGCAGUGUUUACCUCCAACAUCGAAGCGAUUAAUCACGAAUUUAAGAUUAUACCAAUGAAUAUGCCAAGAGUUGAUGAAGCUCCACCUGGAACAGAGGUGAAAAAUCGGUAUGCAAAUGUCAUACCCGUUCCAGAAACUCGGGUCUUUCUGACUCCACGUCCAGGAGAACCACACUCAGACUACAUCAAUGCUAACUAUGUGAGGGGUUAUGAUGGAAAGUCCAAUGCUUAUAUUGCUACACAAGGCCCUCUUCUGGAAACAAUUUCAAGUUUUUGGCAGAUGGUGUGGGAACAGAAAUGUCAGGUUAUCAUAAUGCUAACACAGAUUUCAGAGAACCGGAUGCCUCGAUGUGCUCCAUACUUUCCAAGCAAGCUGACGGAUUGUGAUCGUUCUUAUGGUCAAUACCAGGUGUCGCUGAAGAAAAAAGAAAUUGACGAAAAUUAUACGAUUUCGAUGUUUCGCCUACGUAGAACUGACCUCAACGAAUUUCGUGAUGUCACCCAUUUUUGGUACACCAACUGGCCAGUUCAUGGGGUUCCUAAUGAAGUUUAUAAGGUAAUAAAUUUUCUUCUUGAAGCCAGAGUAUACAUGGACAGCAGCUCAAGUCCUACCAUUGUGCACUGCAGCCCUGGUACUGGAAGAACUGGUGUGAUUAUGGCUCUUGAUAGCUGCAUACGACAGUACGAAGAAAGCCAGACCGUAGACGUCGUACGUUCAGUCUACAGACUCAGACAGGACCGUGGUGGUGCUGUGCAGAGUAAGGAGCAGUACGUCUUUAUUUACGAGGCACUACGGGAAUAUGUUUGCAAUAUUCUUCAUGAACCAUACAACUCAACCAUCGUAUGUUCAUCGUAAUUGAUACACCUCUAUCUGACAACUCAUCUAUCUAUGCAUCAGGCUGUGCUGGUAUUCUGACCAGCUUCGCUGUAUAUCACUCACUCAUCCAUCCAUCGCUUCAGGUUUUUCUCUGCCUUGUGUAAAUGUAAAAACAUUGUAAGCUACAUAUUAAGAUUUCAAAUGACAUAUCUUGUGUCUAAUUUAAAGAGAAAGUUGUAAAAAAUAUGUAAACAGAAGAUUUGUUUAUUAAACAUUAGUCGGAUCACGGUUUUAUAAAACAUAGUUUUGUUUCAAUGUGUGCCUGAUAAAAUUAGUGUAAUAUUAUAUAACUACUUUUGUUUUGUAAAGCUAGAAUUUUGUUUGUAUUUGUGUCAUUUUAAUAACAUUAAGUAAAAUUACAAAACUUGUGAUUCUUUAAAAUUA